AUGCCGCUUCCACCGAGCGUUCGCUGUGCCCUGGUAGCAGCGCUGCUGCUGCACCUCUCUCUCUACUGCUCUCUUGCCCAACACUCACCCUCGCCGCCGACCACGGCAGGCAGGCAGCUCGCAGCGACCAAACAAAAGCCGCAGGCGCCGGGCGGGCUGAGUAGCACGAGCCUCGUACUUCUGCCCAACAACCCGCUGGGCGCGAAAUGCCUCGACGGCAGUCCCCCGGGGUACUACUUCCGCCCGGGCUUUGGCGCGGGGAAGCGCUUUUGGCACAUAUUCCUGCCCGCGGGGGGAUGGUGCACCACGCUCGCGGACUGCGCCCUGCGCGCCACUCGUCCGCUCGGCUCCACGCGCUACUGGGCUCGCCUCAACGGCUCCGCACCCCCUUCCGCCUUCGUCCCGACUCCCCCCACACCUCCCGCCACCACCCCGUCGCGUCCCCCUUUCCUUUUCCCCACGCCGUCGUCGCCGUCGUCGUCGUUCGACGACAGCGACGACUCGCAGGUCAGUCCUGCGACGGCUCUCUCUCGCAGCUGCCAUCCCGUGCGCCCCCACACUCCCCACUUGACACCCUCACUCCUGACUUCCACCUGCGUCAUGUACCGUAGUUUCCCUGCAUCCCGCAACCCUCUUCAACCCGCUGUCCCGAACACCAUAUCUGUCACGCUACACUUCUGCGCUGCUGCGCAGCACCCGCCAAGCGUCUCCUCCAUGCACCCCCUUCUCCCCAUUCCCCGUCGUGUUUUUCCUCCCCUGGCUCCGCCACUUCACUGUCUCUCUCAAUUCAUCCCUCCGUGCCUUAAAACCACGCCAUGUCCUCAUUCCCCACUUUCCUUCAACUCUUCUGCCCCGUAUUCUCCUUCUUCCCGUGCUUCCCUCCGUCUACAUGUGCCCGUCCCUGUGGUUCCGCGGUGCGCGCAAUCGCCGGCCGUGCAGAGCGCGUCCCCUCUGCGCGCGGUGCCUGGGUUCAACGGCAUGCUGAGCAGCAGCGAGGCGGUGAACCCGGGGCUGUUCAACUGGAACCUCGCCCUGCCCAUCUACUGCGACGGGGGGGGCUGCGCUGGCACCGCUGGCCGCGUGCACCUGCCAGGGAAAGGAAACAGCUCCGUUUACCUCGAUGGCUACAAUGUUACACGAACCAUUCUCGCAGCCUUACCUGCUCCCACACUCCCACAGCCAUGUGGGCGACAACGGUAUGACAGGCCAGUGGUGCUGCAAGCAGCAUGUUUCCUGCCCGGCUCACCACUACUGCCUCCUCCUCCACCCGUCCCUUGCCCUGCAGAUCUCCUGGCAGUGCGUGGGUUGGCGUCUGCACGGCGUGUGCUGGUGGCGGGGGCAUCAACGGGUGGGCAGGCUGUGACAGCGUGGUGCGAGCGCGUGGCGGCCAUGGUGCCCGGAGCCGUGACCAAGUGCCUCGUGGACUCGGUGAUAUUCCUGGACGCCAAGGACAGGACGGGCGCAUGGCACUUUCGGCAGGUAGCCAGGCAGAUGACAACACUGCACAGGGCCCAGGGCAACGAUAAGUGCAUGCAAGCGGAGGGGCCAUCCACCCAGUGGCGCUGCUUCUUCCCUCAGUAUACCUUGCCGCAGGUUACCACACCCGUCUUCCUCCUCUCGCCCCUCCUGGACCACCGAGCUCUCAUACUUGGCAACCAAAUCCGCAACGACACCGGCUAUGCCAAGCAGUGCAUCAGCAACAUAUUGCGCAGUACAGCCAACCUCACGCACGCCAUGGGCUACAGCGCCUGGCGCAAUGCCGUGGCGGGGAAGGUGAAAACGUGCACACCUGAGGAGACCAAUGCUAUCUUAGUGGCGGGCAGCACACUCAUCGCAAGUGUGAAGGCCAUAGUGGAAGAACAACCUACAUGGGUGGCGUACAUCCCAGCCUCAGCAGCACAUUGCUACACUUACUUCCCAUCCUAUACGUCCUCUGGCACCCUCGAGCGCCACCCCCCUCUAGCGCCCUCUGGCGCCCUCGUGCCCUCUAGCGACCCCCCUCUAGCGGCCCCCUCUAGCGCCUCGUCGCGCCCCCCUCUAGUAGCCCCGUCGUGCCACACCGUCGCUCCCCGCCGCGCCCUGCCGUCGCGCCCCGUCGCGCCCCAGCCGCCGCCCUGUCGCGCCCCGUCGCGCCACAGCCUCCGCCCCGUCGCGCCCCGCCGUCGCGCCCCGCUGCACCCCGUCGCGUCCCGCGGCCGCGCCUGUUCCCGCUCCCUGCCACCACGCCUGACGCGCACCCGCCGUCGCGCCCUGCCGCCACGCCUGCUGCGCGCAUGCCGGCUUGCCUGGCGCAGCGCCCUGCCGCCGCGCCUGCUGCGCGCCCUGCCGCCUCGCCUACCGCGCGCCUGUCGGCUUGCCUGCUGUUGCGCCUGCCGGCUUGCCUGCCGUCACGCCAUGCCGGGACGCCUACAGCCGCGCCUGCCGACCGUGGCUGCCGCCGCACCUGACCUCGCGCCUACUAUAGCGCCCUCUCGUCGCGCCUUCCGCACACCUACUGCCACCCCCCGCAGUCGCGACCGCCUCGCCUGCCGCUCGCCCGUCGGCGCGCCCUGCCGCCGCGCCUGCCGCCGCGCCUGCUGUCGCGUCCUGACGCUGCGCCUGCCGUCGCGCCUGCCGUCACACCUGCCGCGCACCUAUCGUCGCGCGCCCCCCGUCGCCUCCUACCACAGGGUUUGUCGCGCGCCUGCCGGCCGCGCCUGCAGCAGCGCCCAUCGCACGCCUGCCGCCGCGCCUGCCGCAGCGCCCGCUGCCGCGCCUGCCGGCCGCACCUACUACCCCACCUGCCGCACGCCAGUUGACGCCGCAGAGCCUACCGCUGCUGCCCGCCGCCGUGCCCGCAGCUGCUGCCCGCCGCCAUGCCUGCAGCCGUGGUUUCGGGUUUAA